AUGAGUAACGGAGAUGGUGAAAAUCAGGCAGAUGGUGUUGCAGCGGCACCGCAGAGAGUGUAUGUCCCGACAAAUAUACCGUUUCCAGCGAAAUUGGACAUUCGAGGAAACUUGGCUACGAAUUGGCGCCAUUUUAAACGGGUAUGGGAGAACUAUGAAAUUGCAACCGGACUGAAAGAUAAGAAUAAUGAAUUGCGUGUAGCAACUUUAUUAACAUGCUUAGGUGCAGAGGCAUUAUCUGUUUACGAUGGCCUCAAGUUCAACAAUGAUGAAGAUCGUAAAGAUAUCAUCAAAGUACUACAAGUACUAGAAGACUUCUGCAUAGGUCAGACGAAUGUAAUAUACGAACGAUACACGUUCAACAAAAGAGAACAAGAGUUAAAUGAAACUAUUGACAGUUAUGUUGCUUCAUUACGCACACUUGUGAAAACCUGUAGAUUCGGUGCUUUACAGGAAGAAAUGAUUCGAGAUAGGAUCGUGCUCGGGAUUAGGGACAAUCACACAAGAAAGAAACUGUUACAGGAGAAAGGUUUAGACUUACAACGUUGUGUUGACAUUUGUAGAGCUAGUGAGAAGUCAAGUUCACAACUUCGAGCGAUAGAAGAAGUGCAGUUUGUGAAGAAAACUAAACCAGUGUCAGAUAAACAGAAGAAGGGUCCUAGAGACAAACAAGAAGUAAGCUGUGAGUACUGUGGUUUACGACACCGUAAGGAUAAAGCAGAUUGUCCGGCUUAUGGCAAAGAGUGUUCUUCAUGCGGACGCAAGAAUCACUUUGCUCGUGUGUGUAAACAAGGGAACACUAAGCAGCAGAAAAAGUUCCGACCUGGCAGAAGGCCACAUUCAAAGAAAUCGGUACAUGAUGUGAAUGACUAUUCAUCAUCCAGUGAAUGUGAAUAUGUUCUCACUGUCGAAGAAGUACACAAUGUCAACAAGAAAAAGAAGAUUACAGCCCAGAUGCUUAUCAAUGACCAAACAGUACAUUUUCAGUUGGAUUGUGGAUCUAGUGUGAAUAUUCUACCUGACACAUUGUACAAGAAGCUGUGUAAUGACCACGAGAACCUGACAGAAACUAAUAUGACAUUAGUGAUGUACAACAAGAGUGAGACGAAGCCAUUGGGGAAAAGAAGGCUGACUGUUCGCAAUCCUAGAAACAGAAAAAAGUACAGCAUUGAAUUUGUGAUAGUGUCAGGAACAGAACUUAACCCUAUUCUUGGAGUAUCGGCGAUACAAUCGAUGAAACUUAUCACUGUGAAUGAGCAGAACUUUGUCGCACAGAUUGGUGGAAAGUGUAGUGACACUACAGAGCCUCUUACCAAAGAACAUUUGAAACAACAGUAUCCAACAUUAUUUGAUGGACUUGGAAAACUUGAAGGAGAGUUACACCUCAGGAUUGACACUACUGUGCAGCCAACAAAGAUACCUACCAGGAAAGUGCCACUAUCGCUCAAGUCGGAUCUAAAGAAAGAACUUGAUCGGCUACAGAAUCUAGGAGUUAUCUCUCCAGUAACGACUCCAACUGACUGGAUAUCAUCCAUGGUUGUAGCGAGGAAGUCAAAUGGGGCAAUUAGACUUUGUAUUGAUCCGAAACCCCUAAAUGUAGCACUUCAGAGGAAUCAUUACCCCACUCCAACAAUAGAAGACAUCCUACCAGAUUUGACAAAGGCCAGGAUUUUCUCAGUGGUGGACGCGAAGGACGGAUUUUGGCAUGUCCUGCUCGACAAAACCAGUAGUUUCCUAACAACAUUUGGAACACCCUGGGGACGUUACCGUUGGUUGAGGAUGCCUUUUGGCAUAGCACCAGCACCUGAAGAAUUUCAGAGGAGGAUGGAUGAAGCACUUGAGGGUUUGAAUGGAACCAAAGCAAUUCACGAUGAUAUACUUGUCUACGGUUGUGGAGACACAGAUGAAGAGGCGAUUAGAGACCAUAAUGGAAAGCUAAUUGAGUUGAUGGACCGAUGUAAGCAGAAGAACAUUAAACUGAACCUUGACAAACUGAAAUUAGGACUUACAUCAGUGUCUUACCUUGGACAUGUUAUUUCAAAGCAGGGACUGAGUGCUGAUCCAAGUAAAGUACAAGCAAUUAGAGAGAUGCCUACUCCUACAGACAGACAAGCAGUACAGCGUUUGUUAGGAAUGGUCAAUUUUGUGCAGAGAUUUGUACCCAAUCUUUCAGAAGUUACUUCUACGCUUCGGGACUUGUUGAAAAGUGACACUUAUUUUCAUUGGGAUGAGCAAGUCCAUGGAAAUGCCUUCAGCACUAUUAAGAAGAUUUUGUCAGAAGCACCGGUCUUGAGUUUCUUUGAUCCAAAUAAAGAGACAAUACUACAGUGUGAUGCAUCGCAGAAUGGAUUAGGGGCUUGUUUGAUGCAGGAUGGACAUCCGGUUGUGUAUGCUUCGAGAGCAUUGACCCAGACAGAGUGCAAUUAUGCGCAAAUUGAGAAAGAAUUGCUGGCCGUAGUUUUUGGACUCGAGCGUUUUGAGAAUUACACGUAUGGUCGUCACGUCAAGAUAGAGUCAGAUCAUAAGCCGCUUGAAAUCAUUCAAAGGAAGAGUCUUGUGAUGGCACCUAGGAGACUUCAGAGGAUGCUAUUGCGACUCCAGAAGUUUGAUUACGAGAUAGUCUAUAAGAAAGGUGCAGAGAUGUACGUAGCAGAUACGCUAAGCAGAGCUUAUCUACCAGCAUCAGAAGAAGAUAUGGAGAAAGCAAGCAUAUUCGAUAUUGAUCAGAGGAGCUACAUAUCAAUAUCCGAAGCAAAGAUCAUGAAAAUAAAAGAAGCGUCUGAGGAGGAUGAAACAAUGAAGUUGUUGAAACAUGUCAUCAAGUCGGGAUGGCCAGACUGCAAGGAUGAACUUCCAGAUAAAGUUCAGUGUUACUUCCCAUUCAGAGAUGAACUUGUCAUCCAGGACGGCCUAGUAUUCAAAGGGGAGAGAGUUGUGAUUCCUGAUAGAGUUCGCAGAGACAUUAUUGAGAGGGUUCACGAAACACAUAUUGGAAUACAAGGAUGCCUAAGAAGGGCACGAGAGACAGUGUAUUGGCCCAAUAUGAACAAUGACAUUGAGAAUUAUAUACAGUGUUGUGAAAUUUGUAGUUCAUGUCAGCCUGACCAGCCAAAGGAACCAAUGAUUUCACAUAAUAUCCCAAAGAGAGCCUGGGAAAAAGUUGGUUGUGACUUAUUUGAGUUUGACGGAAAUGACUACCUUAUAUGUGCAGACUAUUUCUCAGAUUUCUUCGAAAUAGACAGAUUACAUGGAAAGACUGGCAAGGAAGUCAUUACAAAGAUGAAAGCUCAGAUAGCGCGUCAUGGCAUUCCGGAUGUUAUUAUAUCUGAUAAUGGGCCACCAUUCAACAGUAGAGAAUUUCAGGAUUUUGCUGAAAAGUACGAGUUCGAGCACAGGACUUCAUCUCCUCGUUACCCUCAGUCAAAUGGAAAAGCAGAAAACGCAGUCAAGAUUGCUAAGGCCCUAAUGCGCAAAUGUGUCCUUGACAAGAAAGAUCCUUUCUUAGCACUUUUGGACUGGAGAAAUACACCAAGUGAGACCAUUGGACUUUCAGCUGCAGAGAGACUGUUUGGCAGGAGAACCAGGACUAGACUCACACUUUCCUCAAAGCAGUUGAAAACUCAUAAUUCCAGUGGGAUCUCCAGGAAGCUAUACAAGAGGAAAGGAAAAGAAGCUAGCUACUAUAACUGCGGCACAAAGGAAUUGCAGAAAUUACAUGCGGGAGACACUGUACGAAUUCGUCCAUUCGGGAGAGAGAAGUCGUGGACAAAAGCACAAGUAAGAGAUCAAGUGGAUAUUCGCUCCUAUGAAGUUCGUACAGAAGAUGGACGCGUAUAUAGGAGAAAUCGAAAACAUCUACGACUUAGCAGGGAACCGUUUUCUAAGGAAGACUUACCCAGAAACACCAGUUUGUUCCCUGAUGUAAAUAAAGACAAUUUGGAGACUAGUGUUUCUACUAACAGAGACAUGGACAGAGUGGAAACCCCAGUUCAGAGUACAUUACAAGCACGGAACACACCGAUAGUUGACAAGAGUAUCACACCAGCCAAAACAUGUCCUUUACCAAAUCCAACAUCUGAAGUAUCGGGCAAACGUCAUACAAGGAGUGGCCGCGAAAUCAAACCUCCACAGAAGUAUCAGGAUUUCGUGUGUAAUGUUGAGUGUUUUGUGUAG